GAGCAUCACAGCUAGUGUGCGGUUAGUGGAAAAAUAGUAUUUGCAUGCAUAUAUGUAGAAAGAUGUGCUGUUGGAUUACGUGAGAAAUCUGUAUUAACUUUUUAUGUUUUACUGGGCGAGCUGAGACCUGAUGAAUAUUUGACUCACGAUGAGUUAUUGUUUAUAUAAUUUCGUUUGUUUUGUCGCAAUUUGUGUAAACGCUUUAAAUAUUGCGCUAUGUAAUAACUUUACUGGUGUAAGUGGCGAUGGAAGAAUAAGUUCUGGGAAUGGGUUACUACACUCAUCUAAGUUGUGGUCCCAAUUUUUAGAAGAUUACAUUUUAAGUCAACCCUCCAAUCGACGCUACCCCAAACAUCUUUAUUAUACGGCUAAUGGGGAUGGGGAUGGUCCGCCUAUUAUUCGGUCAACUUACGAACGGCUUCCUUUUGCUACAAUAGCCAAACGCACAGGUCAAGCUAGCAAGGAGUUGGAAUCUGACGAACGUUCACCCCCAAAAGUGUUGAAAUCUCAGUUUCGACCCAUGACUUAUCAAAUGGUUCAGAACGGUCGCCAAUCCGCAUUUUUGCAACAGUUGACAGUAGAUCAGAUGACUCAGCGAGUUAGGCCUCCUGGAUCUGUGCGUAUUCAGCAACAUGCCGGUACACAAACGAUCAGAACAGUAUCCGAAAAUGAUUUAUAUCUCUUAGGAGCCAUUGAGAAAUUAGUGUAUCGCGUGGAUUAUUUGGAGAGCAGAAUACGAAGAACGGAGCAGAUGAUUUACUAUUUAAUGUCGGGCAGCAACCAAAAUGAAGUUCGCGAUCCCUGCCCAAAUAAUUUUACACGUAUUAUCGACAACUGCUAUUACAUCAAUAGUUACCAGCGAGUAAAUUGGAAAAAUGCUAACACAGCUUGCAAAGCUUUGGACUCCCACUUAGCAGAAUUCGAAAAACCUUCAGAAAGCGAAGACGUAAUGGCUUACUUGGUAAAUCAACCACAACAUCGUGGCCGAGAUUAUUGGCUGGGAGGCUUAAACCCUGGAUUAUUGUGGAUUUGGUCAAACUCUGCGAAACCAGUUGACCCUCAUACAAAUCUAACUUCUAUUGCUUUGGCUCACCCCGAUUCAACCGCCACCGGCAAUGACACGGCCGCAAAUAAUAUUGACAACGAUCGAAAAAUAGCAGACAAGCCAAAUAAUACGGUAAUGACCACAAAUCAAAGUGGUGGUCAUAAUGACGACGUUAAAGGCCAUGGUCGCUGUUUGCGUCUAACUUAUAAUAGCUCAAAACACGCUUACUUUUAUUAUGGUAAUGAAUGCACGUCGAGGCAUAAUUACAUUUGCGAACAUGAAGACAAGACUUUGGACAACAAAAUUAAGAAAAUUGCUAGAGAAUUGAACCUGUCGCUAUAA